CCUAAAACGUGCAGAAAUGGAAAAUCCUUAACCUACUCCUCCUCGGCCACCCGGCGCAAUUUAGAUGCUAAAGCUUUUCUCAUCUGCUCUUUCUCUACUUCUUCUUCUUCCUCCGCCCGCUCAAGGCCAUGAUUUCCCUCACCACCGCCACUUCUCCGCUUCUCCGCUCAAAUUCUCUCUCCUUAAACCCCUCUCUCAUACAAUCCCUUAAACCCCUGAACAAACACCAACUCCGCCGCCUCCGGAAAAGCCUUAAUCAGAGAAGAUUCGGAAUUGGCAGGUGCAGGGCGGAGCUGGCCAAUGACGCGCCGAUCGCCGUCGCUAUCGGCGCGUGCAUUCUCAACUCGCUGGUGUUCCCGGUCACUCCCUCGCCGGACGAGGAGGAAACUGACUCGGUGAUUGACUCCGCCGAUGCCAGGUUCGCUGUCAUGGGGAUUAUUAGCUUCAUCCCAUAUUUCAAUUGGAUGAGUUGGGUUUUCGCAUGGUUGGAUACAGGGAAGAGGAGAUACGCGGUGUAUGCUAUUGUGUAUUUGGCUCCUUACUUGAGGACAAAUCUGUCACUAUCACCCGAAGAGAGCUGGCUUCCAAUUGCGAGUAUUCUCUUGUGCAUUCUUCAUAUUCAGCUUGAAGCCAGUAUAAAAGAUGGAGACAUCCAGGGAUUGCAGUUCUUCAGUGAGGCUAGAAAGCAUCUAUCAACAUUCACUGGGAAAACAGAUAGCACAAUAUACGAAGAGGAGAUAAUGCCCGAUCAUAAAAACUUACCUUUGGGACAAUGGAGAGAUAAUAAACUUAAGUGGAGAGUCCCUGAGAAGCCUUCUAAAGAUCCCGAGCACUCGGAUAAAGACGGGGAGGAUCACACGGGAAGGAAGCACUAGGAGCUAGGAGUGUUCUCGGAAAUCAGAUUGGAACAUGACGUUCAACUAAGGUUUGCUAUACUAUGAAGCCAUUUGCCAGUUAUGGACGGUUUACUUUGGGUUGAAUACUUGAGUUGAUGUGAUUUAGCUCACAAGUCAAAACACCAAAUGCCAUAUUACAAAGACAAGGAUCGAAGCAAACAUUUUUUUAUUUCCAGAAGCGUCCUUCUCCAUUGUCAUCUGACUAAGGUAUUUUGUGUGUGACUGUGAUUUAAUUACAGUAUUAUUUUUCUUCUUUUAUUUCUAAGUGUUAUGAAUGUAACCUUGAAGAACUGCACUUCUAUAGUUCUAUAUGUUCUGGUGCACUUUUAAAA